CGCCGACCAGCUGCAACGGCUCUGGAUGACUCACUUGACCCCUCAGAAUCUCUGUUUCUCUUCAUCACAGUGAGAAGCUUCGCCUAGAAGAUCUCCAGGGACCUUGUGAACUCUUGGAAAUUGGGCUGUUUUGAGAGGCUUGAGGCAGGAAGAGACUGGGGUAGGGAGGAAAUCAGACCUCUUCACCUCUCCAGGGCUGGGGCUGAGCCAGGUGAUAUCAUAAUGGGCAUUGCCCAUCCUAGAGAGGGAAUCAGGGUGGGGUAGGAGCAAGAAGGCUGUGAGGGAGGGAAGCUGAGAGACCCUCCACAGGAGGGGGGUCGCAGCAGCUGGGGCACCUGCCUAGCUGUCUAGGAAAGGGGGUUGGGUGGUCACUGAUGUAUUGCAGGAGCCCCUGGUAGGUAGAGCCCACCACGGCCUCCCCUAGACCCCACUAUGUUCCUCUUUUCCCACAAGACUAAGACCCCCAUCAGCACCUACAGUGACUCCUACAAGGAUCCUACCUCCAUCAAGGAGGGCUAUAAGGACCCACCUCUGUGGGCCUGGGAAGCCAACAGGUUUGUGACUCCGGGCCUGACUCAGACUGUGCAGCGCCACGUGGAUCCUGAAGCCCAGCAGAAGACGGUCAAGUGUGCUGUGCAGGACUACCGCUAUAAGAAUUCCAUACCAGGCCACCCCUACUUGCCUGAGAAAUACUGGCUGUCUCAAGAGGAAGCAGACAAAUGCAACCCAAACCACCUGUGCGGUAACCAGUACAAUACAUGGAAGAUGGGACCUUACAACUGUACGGGCUGGAACAAAUGUGCCACAUACCUUCCUCGCCUGCCUAAGGAGGCCGGGAUGGAGACAGUAGUUCGAGGAAUGCCCUUGGUGUACCCUCCUAAGCCGGAGCGACUCAACGCCUACGAGCGCGAGGUAGUGGUGAACAUGCUGAACUCGCUGUCACGGAACAAGCCGCUGCCAGAGAUCACGCCCCGCUGUGGGUGUGUGGACCCGCUGCCGGGCCGCCUGCCCUGCCAGGGUUAUGAAAGCGCUUGCUCGGGCCGCCACUGUCUGCUUGGCAUGGACUACUGCGUCGCCGGGCCACCAUGCACCGAACGUCGCCUGCGGCUUUUGCGCACGGAGCGGCCGACUGCAAGGAGUGUAUCGCCCUGCAAGCACCGGCCGGGAAUGCAAUGUGCUGUUAUAACUCCCCCGCCGUCAUACUACCCUUGUCCGAACCUUAGAUGGGACACAAGUCACUUCAAGAAGACCGGUGGCGCCCAGAGAAACAACUACGUCGUCCACCCUGAGUUUGUGUCUGAGACCUAUCCUGACUACCACUGCCGGUAGAGCCCGGGCUGGCCGGGCCAAGGGGGCUGAACAAUAAAUAAAUUCUUCAUCC